GCUGGCAAAGCCCACAGGCUGAGUGCUGAGGAGAGGGAUCAGCUGCUGCCCAACCUGAGGGCCGUGGGGUGGAACGAGCUGGAAGGCCGUGAUGCCAUCUUCAAGCAGUUCCACUUCAAAGAUUUCAACAGGGCUUUUGGCUUCAUGACCAGAGUGGCCCUGCAGGCCGAGAAGCUGGACCACCAUCCCGAAUGGUUUAACGUGUACAACAAGGUGAGUGGGGCCAGGUGCGCUCUUGUGCUCUGCCCCAGGCCAGUUCUGAGAAUGCCGACUUACUCAUAAGGCUCUGCCGUGGGCCUGCCUCACCUGUUCAUUCGGUUCAUCUCCUUCGACCCAACAUAAACACCCCUCCCAGCCUGGCAGUC